AUGAAGAAACACGUAAAGCAGAUCCACGAAGGUGUCAAGCCCAAGGACAGGUUUUCUUGUGAGUUCUGUGGCCAGUCUUUCACACAUUCUUGCAAAUUAAAACUUCACCUCAUGAAGCACACCGGGGAGCGUCCGUUCACUUGCAAGAUAUGUAACUCCACAUACAGGGAGAAGCACCAGCUGACAUCUCACAUGAAAGUCCACAGUGGUGACGAGCCUUUCAAAUGUCCCAUCUGUGGCCGUCGCUUCCUGCAAAAAUCCUACAUGGAGGGCCACAUGAGAAAGCAUUCGGGAGAAAAGCCAUUUAAAUGUACAGUAUGUGAGGCUGGCUUCACCCAGAAGGGCUACCUCCGGGAUCAUAUCAAGGUGCA